GCGCCCGCCCGCCAGCGCCGCGCCCUCCGGAAGGCGGCUUCCUGGCUGUCAAACCUCUGCAGGAGCGAGGGGCGCAGGGUGUUGAGUCCCUUCCUGGUGCACCCUGCAAGCACAAAAGGAAACGAUUGUUACAGCCUCCCCGCAUGUUCUGGGGCCUAAGGAUCCGGCUUCACUGAGUCCCCGCAGGUCGCCUUCCUGGUUUUGCAUCGCAUCGAGACUUUCCUGAAAUUUUUUUAAGUCUCAUCUCCACAGCAGCUACCGCGUUGCAUGCACUUUCAGGCCUCUGGCACUCUUGAAAAUCUGUGUUUCCCAAGUUGGCAUCACCCACAGUACAGCUGCUGACGUCAGACAGAACUGAACCGAAGCCCACAGUGCAUGGCAAAGUAGGAGGCAAUGAACUGCUGAGGUGGGACAAGUGGUGCAGAGGGGGCACCCUCCAUGCUGCCCUGCUUCCAGCUGCUGCGCAUAGGGGGCGGCAGGGGCGGUGAUCUCUACACCUUCCACCCCCCAUCCAGGUCAGGCUGCACCUAUCGGUUGGGCUGCAGGGCUGACCUGUGUGAUGUGGCCCUGCGGCCCCAGCAGGAGCCGGGCCUCAUCUCUGGGGUACAUGCAUUGCUGCAUGCUGAGCUUCAAGGGGACAACUGGCGGGUCAGCCUGGAGGACCACAGCAGCCAAGGGACGUUGGUCAAUAACAUCCGACUCCCAAGAGGCCACAGGCUGGAAUUGAGCGAUGGUGACCUUCUGACCUUUGGCCCCGAAGGGCAAGCAGGAACCAGCUCCUCUGAAUUCUACUUCAUGUUCCAACAAGUCCGGGUCAAACCUCAGGACUUUGCGGCCAUCACUGUCCCUCGAUCUAGGGGAGAAGCUGGGGCUGGUUUCCAGCCAAUGGUGCCCCCUCAGGGGGCACCCCAGCGGCCACUCAGCACACUCUCCUCUGCCCCCAAGGCCACACUGAUCCUCAACUCCAUUGGCAGCCUCAGCAAGCUGCAGCCCCAGCCCCUCACCUUCUCCCGAGGUGGGGGAAGACCACAAAGCCUGGCUGUUGCCACCCAACCUGGAGUGGGAGCCUCUCCUGCUCCUCCCACAAGAAACCGGAGGAAAUCGGUUCACAGAGUGUUGGCAGAGCUGGAUGAUGAAAAUGAGGCUUCCCUGAGCCCUCUAUCAGUCCUUACUGAACCUAGGAAGAAGCUCUGUGUGGAGAAAGCAGCUCUGGUGUCUAGUGGGAUGGAAUGACCACAAUGCUAUAGACUGAUGAAGGCUGGAGAACCCUCACAACUGAGGUGACAGAAAGAGAUGGUUUCCUGCCAAAGAUGUUGCUACCUUCAAGUUACCAGUGAGCUGGAAUGUGCAUUAAAAGGAAUCAAGCCUUGUCCCCAUGGACAGCUGAAUCUCUGCAGCUAGAGCAACCAUCACGGAAUCCACCCUGGGACUUCCUUAUGCCAUGGCUAGCACUAAGUCUCUGUGAGUGGCUUUUUGGAGUCUUACCUUUAUAACAAAAUAAAGAAUAAACUGCUUCAUCCA